GGUUGAGCAAGCGACGCGUAGUCGAACAACGCGGUCCCCUCUUCGGAUUCGUUGCAAACGGCGUUCGCGUGGACGGGCGCGGCUUUGCGUCUCGAGCUGGCGUUUUACGCGGUAAAAUGUCCUCCCUCGACUAUCUGGACCUGUGUCGGCUGUGUCUCGUGAAGGAUCGCGUCUCUAUGCCGAUCUUCGAAGGCGAGGGCGACAUACGGCAGAUCUUUCUCAAGAUCACCGCUUGUUUGCCGGUCAAGGUUGCCAGAGAAGACAAAUUACCUAAAAAGAUAUGUGACGAGUGUGUAUAUAAACUAGAAUUAACUUAUCAAUUUUGGCAUACGACAGCAAACGCAGAGAAACAGUUACUACAAUGGCUAGGCGAGGUAAACAUGGAAGACAAACAGGGUUACGUUGGCAACGUUCUCAAUCCAAACGGAAUGAAGCCAGAUCAAAACAACGAGAACAGGUUAGAUGGUACUGUGAUGCAACAAGUAAGCGAACAUCAGAACAAUAUGACUAUGGGUAUGAUGGACAAUAUGGGUUUGACUAUGCCUAUGAUGAUGUCAAGCAGUACCCAACAACAAAUAACCUCAGUUCCUAUAGACAACAGUGGUAGCUCUGUACAAAAUGUCCAACCAGUAGCUGGACCAAGUACACAAGCGACACAUGACCAAAUUACACAGAAUCAAACAAAUACAUCCACGCAGCAAGAAGAAGAAGAGGAAAGUAGUGAAGAAGAUGAAAACUCGGAUGAUGAAUGCGAUGGAGAUGAAGGCCUACCUAUAAAAGAAGAAAGUGAAGAAGACCCUAAUAAUAGUAGAACUAUCGAGCCUACAACAUUUGUUAACGUCUCUCUGGCAUGCGACGAGGCGGGUCCAUCUGGACUUCAACAACAAAAAAUUGCUGAUAUGCCCGAGAUGGUAAUGUCACAGACAACAGACGUGGAUCCAAAAACUGGGUACGAAGCAGGCGCUUGCGAUUCUCGCGGUAUUUUUGUAUUUGACAAUGAAUCGUUGGUGAUGAAGAAAUGGCAAAUUUUGGAGUUCGAUGGCAAGCCAUAUUACGCGUUUAUACCUGAAGACGAUGCGCCUCUGCCGGAUGAAGAUAUACCGGAAUACGAAGAUGUAGAAACCGAAGAAAUAGAAGAAGAAGAAGAAGUCGAGCAAAUAGAGGAAGAAGACGAGCAAAUAGAGGAAGAAGACGAGCAAAUGGAGGAUGAAGAACAAAACAGUGCGGAUGAUAUGAAACAGGAGUUUUAUUUCGAGGAAAAGGGCUUUGAUUCUAUGGAUGAAAAAUUAUAUAACGACGACAGCAUUCUUAACGGGGACGUCGAGGAAACGGCAGAAGCAGAUGCAAAACCGAUCACGUUGAACGGCGACGCUGUGGACGACAAAUCUGGUGGAGAUUUAUACCAAGUCAAAGUACAGGGAAGUACAGUCAUCAUCGAGAAACUGACAUCAGCAGAGAUGGAGGCAAAAGCAGAGUAUCAGGAAGCGGAGGAAGCAUAUAAUAACGAUGAGGGAGAGAUAGAAUAUCUGGAGGAAGAAAUUCUUGAUUCUCCUUUAAGCGCUAAUAAUCCAUCCUUGCCUACGAAAACAUCUUUGAAGAGUCCUGGCGGGGCUCUCAAGUGCAAAGUAUGUUCGGAAAUGUUUGACUCGGCGAUAUCCUUCCGGAAACACGUGGCGUGGACUCAUAAAAAGAAGGUGUGUAUAAAAGAGGACGGUGCGUAUAUAUGCGCCGUGUGCGACUACAGGACCUUGAAGAAAAGCUUGUUUGCCGCGCAUCUGGAGAGGAAGCAUGAGACCUGGUCCAGGAAGCGAUCCAGUAACACGGUAUUCCCUUGCCACGCCUGCGGAUUCGUUUGUAGAUCGAAGCAUUCCCUGCAAUCCCACUUCAUAAGGAAGCAUACGGACAAGUUCGAGCACCAGUGCAAUUCUUGUCCCAAGAAAUUCAAGGUCAAGGGAGACCUAACGAAUCACAUACGGUUCCAUCACAAGGAGAAGCCGAUCAAGUGCGAUAUAUGUGACAAGCUGUGCUUGAACACCGGCUCGUUGUACGUGCAUCAAAAAUGGGCGCAUUUCAAACCGAAAUACGAAUGUCACAUCUGCAAAAGACGCAUGGUUACGCAGGAAAAUCUGGAUCAACACUUACUGACGCAGCACGAAAAACGUGAUAAGAUAGUCUGCGCCGAGUGUGGCAAGACGUUCACGAAGAAGGACUCUUUCAAGAGGCAUAUGGUAGUUCAUACGGGAUGUAAACCGCAUUCCUGUAUGAUCUGUAAGAAACCCUUCGCCAGAAGAUCGCAGCUGCGCCAGCAUUUGCUAAUUCACACUGGCAAGCGACCAUUUGUGUGCGACAUUUGUGGAAAAGCGUUCACGCAAAAGCCAGGCUUGAUCUGUCAUAGAAAGACUCAUCCUGGUCCUCAUCCACCAUUGCCGGUUAUGCCGAUCGCGGACCUCGUUAAUGAAUUUACAAAAGAAUACGUGCAGGAAAACGAAUUCACAAAAGAAUUCGUGCAAGAAAUUGAGGAGAGAAUUGACGAAGAAGUAAUGGCUGAUCCAUUAAACAUUGAAUCCAUUAUCACCCAAAAACUAUUGGAAUGCGAACAAACGAAAAGAGAAGAGUCUUCAAUAAUAGACGAAGAACGAACGCUAGAAGGGAUGAACGUAGACUUGGAGACGAGAAAACCUAGUCCGCGAAUUGUAACCGAAGGGAAUCGAUCGGUCAGAAGGAAGCCGACGUACCAUCUAGAAUGCGAUCACUGCUGCCGCAAAUUCCUGAAGAAAAGCAAUCUCGCCGAGCACUUGAAGCAGCACAGACACCAGUGCGCCGAUUGUCCGAAGAGCUUCAGCCUUCGGCGUUACUUGGUCUCUCACAUAGCGAGGCAUCAUCAUCAGGAGAUGUACGAGUGCAGCGUGUGCAAAUUCAAGAGCAAUAACAAGGGCACUCUGAAGAACCACUACAUCCGAUUGCACACGAGCGACUACGAUUACGCGUGCGACAUUUGCGGCAAGCAAUUCAAGAUCAAGAAAGCCCUGAAUCACCACGUGAAGCAGAAUCACAGCGAAGCACCGCCGAUCGUGUGCGACGUCUGCGGUCACUUCAGCAAGAACCUCCACGCCCUUAGAGCCCAUAUGAAGUACAGACACUACAAGCCGGAAUUUGUCUGCCGGAUAUGUCGACGAGGUAUGACCACGCAAGAGAACCUGGAGCAGCAUCUCAUGUGGCACGAAACCAGGGAGAAGGUGCUCUGUCCGACCUGCGGCAAGAGAUUCCGAAGACGCGAUCUUAACUCGCACAUGAGGGUGCACACCGGAGUAAAGCCGUUUCCUUGUCCUGUCUGUGGGAAGACGUUUCGACGACAAACAGCGCAGGAGCAACAUGUGUUGAUCCACACCGGGAAGAGACCCUAUAUUUGCGAUAUUUGUGGCCAAGCGUUUGCCCAAAAACCUGGUCUCAUCUGCCACAGGAAGAGACAUCCUGGUCCCCUGCCUCCGCUACCUGUAGUCUCCGUUAAAAAAAUUGUCACGGAAUUUACGAAAGACGAUUCACGCAUGGACCCCCUGAACGUCGUGGACGUCAAUAAUUCGGAAUACUCUCCCGUGGAAAGCAUAGAGUGCACACCCGAGUAUGAUUCGCUUCCAAAUAGGCUUCAACGACACAUUACCAGAAAGAGAAAAGUGUCAAAACAAGAAAAUUAUUGUACGAAGAAAGAUACGAAAAAGCAAAAUACAAAUCAGAUCAAAGUCGAGAAGAGGAAACCCGAACUCUUCCUGGAAUGCGCCACAUGCGGCAAACGUUUCAGCGACAAACCCACCAUGAUAAAACACAUGAGCCACCACAAGUACCAGUGCCAAACCUGUUGCCAGAGUUUUAGCCUGAAGCGAGAUCUGAAGCGCCACAUCGAGAAGGUCCACGGACCUCUGCUCUAUCCCUGCAGCAUUUGCGAGUACAAGAGCAGCAACAAAUGCACCCUAAAGGAUCACUUCAUACGAAAGCACACCAGCCUCUUCCAGUAUUCCUGCACGGUUUGUAAGAAGCAGUUCAAGAUCAAGAACGAUCUGAAGCAACAUAUGAAUCAAGUACACAGUGGCGAACCACCCGUCAUUUGUAACAUCUGCGGACACGCGUGUAAGAACCUGCCUGCUAUCAAGGCGCAUAUGAAGUAUCGGCACUACAAGCCGGCUUACGAGUGCAAGAUAUGCAAACGCGGUCUGACCACGCAAGAGAAUCUGGACCAGCAUCUAAUCUGGCACGAACGGAAGGAGAAGGUCAUCUGUCCUACUUGUGGCAAGACUUUUGGCCAGAAGAGGGACUUGGAUCUUCACUUGAGGAUCCAUCAGGGUAUCCGGCCGUUCUCCUGUCCAGUCUGCGGCAAGACUUUUCCCAGAAAGACCGCGCAAGAGCAGCACAUAUUGAUUCAUACCGGCAAGAGGCCGUAUAUCUGCGACAUUUGCGGGCAAACUUUCGCGCAAAAACCGGGACUCAUUUGCCACAGAAAGCGUCAUCCUGGACCACUGCCGCCGUUGCCUGUAGUGCCGAUUAAAAAAGCAUAUCUCUCAUUAUCUCCUCAUUAUUUCAGGCAACGAAGGGGUAAAUCGCGCGGCGUGCACCAAUGCGUGAAAUGCGGAGCUUGCUUUCGACACACACGAAAACUCGUGGAGCACUUGAAGAAUCUGCACAAUAUCGAUCGGGCCUUCAGCUGCGACGAGUGCAACAAGACGUUUCGCAGCCCGAUGAACAUAGCUCGUCAUAAACUGAUCCACACCGGGCUGAAGAUGUUCGUCUGCGACCUCUGCGAGUAUAGCACCAAUCAGAAGUCCAAUCUGGACCACCAUCGUCGCCGACACGCCAAGGAUUAUAGUUUCAAGUGCGAGAUGUGCGACAAAGGUUUCUUCCACAAGACCGAGUACCUGGAUCACCAGAACUCGCAUACGAAUAAGAAUCUGUAUCGCUGCGAGCACUGCUGCAAGCGUUACUUGUAUAAGAAGAAUCUGUCGGUGCACCUGGUGACGCAUCACACGAGCAAACAGACCGGGAAGAGCCCGAAGACGAGGCACGCGUGCAAAUUCUGCCCGGAGAGAUUCGUUUACAAGAGACUGCUGAAGAGACACCUAAAGAAUCAGCACGGAUUCCAGGAACAGGCGCCGACGAAACACUUGUGCGACCUGUGCGGCGCGGAAUUGUCCUCGAUGAGACGAUUAACGGUGCACAAACGCAAUCACGUGGGCGAGAAGGUCUUUGAGUGCGACACAUGCGACAAGAAAUUCGCUAGCAAGGAGAACCUGAGCAUUCAUAAACGGACCCACACGGGCGACAAACCGCACGUGUGUCCGCAGUGCGGUCGAAGUUUCACCCAGAGGACUUUGUUGGUCAUACAUUUACGGUACCACUCGGGUGAGAGGCCUUAUCAAUGUCCAGAUUGCGGCAAGAGUUUCGUAUCCAACGCUUUGCUCAAGAGGCAUCGCAAGGUGCACGAGAAGACCUUGCACGCAUGGACGAAUAAUCACGAUUUGAAAAUGAAGAACGGGGACCUACCUGAUCUUGGACAGAAAUUCGAAGGUAGCGAAAAAGUUUGCGAAUUGUGUCGAGAAAAAUUCCACUUCGUCACGAGAUUAGUCGCUCACCUAAGGAUAGCCCACGGCAUACAUCGACCUUUCAAGUGCGUCACUUGUGGCAAGAAUUAUCCCCAACAAUUCAUGCUUAACGCCCACGUGAAGAAAUCGCACACGCUGAAGACGGUGCCGUGCAACGAGUGCAAUUUCAUGGGUGUCAACGCGACCGACGUGGAGCGACACAGGAAGCGGCAUCAUCGAGCUUCGAAAUUCACGUGCGAAAUUUGCAGCGAGCAUUUCGUCGACAAGGAUGCUCUGAUCACUCACACGACUAUGCACAACUUUAUGCAGUAUCAGCAAUGCAGCGCGUGCAGUAGCAUCUUCAAUGACGUGUACAGCUUGAAGGAGCACAAUCGUCUGUAUCACUACGAUCCCUCGGUGAUGUCGGACGAGAAACUCGAGGAAUCCAAUGAAAACGAAGCCGAGCACAAAUGUGACGUCUGUGACAAGGUCUACAAGUAUAAGUCGAUGCUGAAGCAGCAUAAGAUCAAGGCUCACGGGGAUCCGUCUCUCUACGAGAGACUGACUCCUUAUUUAGUUGAGACCCUCAGCCGUUCCUCGUUCUCCUGUUGUUGUCCCAAACAGGGCAUUUCAAGCUCAGCUUCUUAA